AUGUCAAUUGACAUGAACAAUAUCCUCCAUGGAGAUCUCGAAGAUCCCAACACCAGAUUUGAAGGAGUCAAAGAUGAACCAUCACCUAUCCCAAACGAAGGACGUUCUUCCUCCAACAAGUUUGAACACACUGAUCCCACCUCUCUAUUUGACCCUUUGCCUACCUCUAUCCGCAAUGUUGAGAUGACCGAUGGAUCUGUGUCUCAUCAUGAUGACGACACCAUUGAGGAAGUCUGCGAUAAACUCCAAUCUCAGUUAAAACUCAACCCUCAACAUUUGAAGAUUGCUCUGAUCACAAGCAAGUUUGUCCCAGAAUCAGGAACCGCUGCUGUCAUCUUUGCCAAUGCUGCCUAUCAUCAGCUCGAUGGUCCAAAUACCGGCAUAGCUACCCAACAAACCGCAAAUUUUGUAUUUGAUCAAUCUUUCAGGGAUUUUGUUAGAAAAACAGCUCAAAUUAUACUACUCCUGCCAACACUUGAAGCGUAUUCAAACAACCCCCAUAAGAAUGGGGCCCUCCCCAAAACUCUGUUUUACCGAACACUUAACGCCAUCAAAAAACAGCCCGAUGCCUGGAAAGAGGAGCACCUCCAGCCGAGUUCAAAUCAAGACAUUCCGCAAUCUCCGUCUGCAUAUCGUGAAGCGGUCGGAGAUCUUUUGAAGUAUCAACGCAGCAAUCUACGUGUACUGCUUUUGAGAAACAUCCUCGAGACCAAGAGGAUAUUCAUUACCGAUCAUGUGCCAAACCGUAAGGCCAUGUUAACUUCUAUCUAUGAAGACCUUCCACCCAACGGUGGUAAGAUGACAACUGCCGAGAUUACACACCAAAAGGAUUCGCAAUGGUCGGACAUCGAUGAACGAUUGGCUGUCCUACGAGGUUUGUCGUGUGAAUUCCAGCAACACCAUUUGAUCCUUGUCUUGAACAAAGACUUCCUGCUCUUCUCCCAAAAGAGGAACUAUAAGAGCAUGAAACCCGAAGAAUUCUCUGUGCCCACACUUGAAGAAGUCCAGGACUCUGUCAACACUGGAACUAUCUCCGCUACCCUCAAAUAG